UGUUGAGGUGAAGUAACGCAGAGUGCGUUGAUCAAACUUCGUGAUGUCAGCUGUUUGUUGUGUGUUGGAUUUGUGGAGUUUUAUUUCAGAGUUGAAGACAGAACUUAAAUCAACACAAUGUAACUGUUGAUGAGCAGCAGCGCCCCCUGCAGCAUCGAAUGAUUAACGCUGUUGUUCUCUGAGUGAUGAAGGUUUUCAUUUGUAGAAAAAACAAUGUGUCUGACUGUGUCGUCCCACUUGAUAUUACCCAUGAUCCUCUGCUUCCUGAACCAGAAGAGCUGCAUCUGGAACAGAUCUUCAUGUUUCAGUUUCCUGCUGAAUCUUAGAGAUAAACUCUGGUUUUUAAUAACUAGUGUUUUUAACUGAUCUCAGUUCAGCUUCACUCUUCAGCUGCAGCUGAUUCUGACAGUUUGAGACUCAGUCAGGUCUUCUCACAGGAGAUGGAACCCUAACCCUAACACUAUGCCGAUGGAGGAACUAUCCCUUUAAUCAAGCUGCAGGUUUUAGUUAGAAAACUUAAAAUAAAUAGAAGUGGAUCUAGAUUUUUUGUUGUGAAAUAUUUUCUGGAUUUGUCUCAUUAAUUAUUAAUAUUCUGAGGAUUUAAGUGUUUGUGUGUUACAUACCAACCGUGUGUAUAGAUUCUUCUGACAGAAACUAGAUGGAGAAAAAAGUUGUAUUCAGACAUUCUGUCAGACAUGUUGUGUAUUUAGUGUUUGUGAAGCAUUAGCAGCAGGUUGUUGGGCCCGACUCCUUCAAACAGGAACAUGUGGGGACCAUCAGGCGAGGGGCGGAGCCUGUAGAGCAGCAGGGGCGGAGCCUGUAGAGCAGCAGGAGGCGGGACAUGACGUAUAAACUCUGCUGUGGACAGAUCAGUGUUGUUGUUUACAUCUCAUCCGGCGUCGGCCCUCAUCACCAGAAGAUCUGGAACCUCCUCGUGUUUCCAAGUGGACGUCUUCCUCUUCUACGUGUCCGGCUCCUCUUCUUCAUCCUGAGAUGUUUGUGUUCUUCAUGUUUCACGUCACGUGUUAGAAACCUCGUCCACACGUCCACUCGCUCACUGGGAAGCUUCCACACAUUUUCCGGGCUUCAGGAAUAUCUUCAGUUAAUGUCUGAGCAGCUUCAGAGACACAGUGACAGUUCAGCUUCUUGUGUUAUGAUCCUGAGUUGAUGACUUUUUCUCUGUAGCUCUUUCCAUUGAUGACAUCACUACCUUGGCCCGACCCACACAUCAUGGCUGACAAACAGCCGGCUCCUUCCACUUCUUCACCUCCUCAUCAGAACGGACAUCUGGACAGAGGACGGAGACGUCAGAGUCCUGUUACCAUGAGUCCCGCUCUUCAGCCUCCCUCUGCAUCCAGUACCCCAGCCUCCACCUCACCCUCCAGGCGUCUUGUGAGUCCUGUACCAGGGUCUGGCCCUGAGGGCAGGUCCACCUCCUCCAGACCUCGCAGACAGAGUCCCGCUCUGACCUCCAGGACCAGAACCUGCGCUCCUCAUAUUCAGCGCAGCCAGCAGGAGGAGCCAGAGGCCUUGAUGAACCUGAUCCUGGAGUCUCAGGGACAGAGACUGGACGACCAGAGAGCCAACGUUGGUCUCCUGCCUGAUCCAGGACCAGCUCCUUUGUGUGGAGCCUGCAGCCAUGAACAGCGCCCCCUGCCCACUGUGGAUUUCUACUACAUGUUAAUUAACUUCCAGUCCGACAGGAUGGAGGACCAGCGGUGCCCCCCCCCUGACCUGGAUGACCUGGAUGACCUGGUGGGAUCAGCUCCAGAGGGUCAGGAGGAUUUCUUCAGUCUGAUCCAGAGAGUCCAGUCCAGGAGGAUGGAUGAGCAGAGAGCGUCGCUGAUGACAUCACACACUGAGGAUGAGGAUGACUCCUCCCCCCCAUCGCCAUCAUCUCUGAUGAAGAUCGAGACCUGAGAGCACAUAGAAAGGGUUUUCCUGAAACCAGGUUCCAAACUGUGCUGAUAUGUUUAGAUCUGUGGCCAGGCUCCAGGUCUAGGAUCUGGUUCUGAGUCCAGGACGGACCAGUUUAAUAACUUGGGUCAUGAUCUGUUAGGUAGACCACACCUGCAUCAACUGGACCUGGACCUGGACCCUAACCUGGUCCUGGUCCUGGUCCUGGUCCUGGACGGGUUUCUGGUCCUGGUCCUGGACCUGGACCUGGUCUAGGUCUACCUGUAUUUGUGUCUUUUAGUUCUUUAACUUACAUAGAGAAACUGUCUUGUGUUGGAUUGUUGUUUGAAAUAUUUAAAACAACGUGUCAGAGUCUCAAUCGAUCCUGAAGUCGUCAUGUUUUCUUCAACCACAUGACGAAAGGAUCGUUUGUAAAUUGAAUCAUAUUUGAUUCUCCCAUGAAUAGAAAUGAAACGGUCAGAUUUUUAAUAAUGAAUAAUACGCUCAGGUGACAUUUGAGGAAAAAAAGAGUAAAAGGUUAAAAGUCCAAUAGACAGAAAAAGCUUCUUCUUCAUUAUCUCCUGUGUUGAGGUGUUCCUGCAGGAACUGCAUCACAAGGUGGAUUCAUCGAGUAGACGAAGCAAGGUCCAAUUCCCUCCCCCUAUUCAAAAAUCUAUUUAAUAAAUGGUCUUCAUUUUCUUCUUUGUUCAGUUUAUUGGCAGCUGGCCACCAACGUUUAGGUGCCUCACCAGCACUCCACUGUGUUGGAGUGUGAAUCACAGUUAUCCAGAUCAUAUUCUUCUGUCUGAUCCUGUCUCCCUCAGAUAAUGAACCAGAACCUGUUCUUCCUGUGAUAGGUUCUUUGGAUCAUCUGGAUCUAAUGUGGACCUGGAUCAAAUGUUUCAUAUGAUGUUUGAAAUCUAUCUUCAACCAAAACUUUACGUUCUUUUUCCAAAAAAAGAAAUCAGCAAGACUGAGGGGAACAUGCCGGGAGGUGAUGACAUUCUUUAAUACUUGUUAUACUUUCAUAUAUUGAUACUUUAAUACUUUUUAAUUUUUAUAUUUUCAUAUUUUUAAAUUUCAUAUUUUCAUAUUUAAAUACUCUAAUACUUUAAUACUUGCUAUACUUAUAAUACUUUAAUACUUUGAUUAUUUAAUACUCUGAUCUGCUCCAUGUAAAACUCUCUGCUCUUCACUCUCACAUGGAAGAAGAACCUUUGUUGUUGGAUGCUUCUCUUCAGACCAUGAAGAUUGAUCCAGAUUGAUCUUCAUCAGUUGUGUGGGUUAUUGAUCCAGAUUGAUCUUCAUCAGUUGUGUGGGUUAUGGUUAUCAAUGCUUUUCUCCACCUCCACCUGAAAAUCAGGAUCGAUGUGAAAUCUCCAACUUCUUGUUGUUUCACCUGCUGAACUACACGUGAUCAUCUAGCACAGAUCUAACGUUACAUGAAUAUUAAUCACUGACGUCCGGAUCAGUUCCGACCCCGUUAGACCUCUCAUCACAUUGAUUAUUCUUUUAUAUUUGGACAGUACUUUGUGUAUAUGUUCAUUCCAUGGGAGCCUGCUCUAUUCUUAUGUAAAUACUUUGCUGCGUAUCAACACCGGCACGCUAACGCUUUAGGUUUUAACCUGAUGACUUGAAGCGCCAUGAAUACAACCAUUUCCCACAUCUUAA